ACUCUUAGUUGUCGGGAACGGUAACCGAGACCCGGUGUCUGCUUCUAUCUCUCACCCUCGCCUUCUAACCCGUUGCUAUCAUGCGUGAGUGCAUCUCCAUCCACGUUGGCCAGGCUGGUGUCCAGAUCGGCAAUGCCUGCUGGGAGCUCUACUGCCUGGAACAUGGCAUCCAGCCUGAUGGCCAGAUGCCAAGUGACAAGACCAUUGGGGGAGGAGAUGACUCCUUCAACACCUUCUUCAGUGAGACAGGAGCUGGCAAGCAUGUGCCCCGGGCAGUGUUUGUAGACCUGGAACCCACAGUCAUCGAUGAAGUUCGCACUGGCACCUACCGCCAGCUCUUCCACCCUGAGCAGCUCAUCACAGGCAAGGAGGAUGCUGCCAAUAACUAUGCCCGUGGCCACUACACCAUUGGCAAGGAAAUCAUUGACCUUGUCCUGGACAGGAUUCGCAAGCUGGUAAAUGCCAUAUAUGGAUGGGUUUAAAAUGCAGUGGGAAGG